AUGAUUGUUAUUUAUUGGAUAUCGGCCCCAUCUUCUCGCUGGAAGACGUUCGUGGCGAAUAGGGUGUCUGAAAUACAGCACCAAACAGAUGGUGGACUUUGGGUCCACGUGCCUGGGAACGAAAAUCCAGCAGAUAUAAUAUCUUGUGGUAUGCUGGCAACGGAACUCAAGGAUUGUACCGUCUGGUGGAAUGGACCACCGUGGCUCAGCCAACCGAACAGAUUCUGGCCACCGCUCGUUAGGCCAACACCUAAAGCUUUUCUCGCCGAAGAGCUGGAAGACCGAGCCGUAUCUCUUCCAAUUCAAAUUCAAACUCCAAAUGCUAUCUUCAGUCUUCGCUCGUCCUAUGCUGGUCUCGUAUCACUAGUGGCGUAUCUUCUAAGAUUUAGUCACAACUGUAGGCAAAGAAAUCCCAUCGAAAGAAGAACCGGUUCUCUCCAUACCUGUGAACGCGAAGCAGCACUGAAGGUCUUGGUUCGCCUAACCCAAAGGGAGUCGUUGAAAGACGACACUCAAGCCGUAGCUACUUACGGAGAAGUAAAGCCCAACUCUAGAUUGAAAACCCUAGCGCCGACCUUAAACGACGGAAUUCUGAAAGUUGGAGGUCGUCUUCGUAACGCACCUGUUCCAGAGUCUCGUGAACACCCAAUGAUUCUUCCUCCAAACCACCAUUUCAUCAAAAUGGUACUUACCUACUACCUUCAGAAGCUGCUGCAUGCUGGUCCACAGUUGCUGGUUACCAGCUUACAAAAGCAAUUUUGGCCAUUAAGCUGGCAAGCUGGCGCGUAA